GCCUUGUUUAUAGCCGUGAAAACACGCCCCCUGUUCUAUCACAGAAAUGGCGGAAGGGCCCCCAUUUCAGUAAGCUUAGCGACAGGGGUUUUUCGGAAAGAAAUGACACGGACAGUGCCAUUGGCAUGGCAAAAUAUAUGUAUAGCAUAUAUGUAUGAUUUACACACAUAAGAAACAGUGCUGGGAGCACAUGUUCUACCGAAACCCCCUCGAUUGCCCCCAGCGAGAUAAACCACUGUUAGCGCAAGAGACCGCACGCUCGACGGCUUCUCACAGACGAGACGAAGGUAUCUGGCGAGGCGAAAGGAAAGCGCUUUUGGGAAAUAAAUGUCGAGCUUAGCAGCGCAAUAACUGCCCGUCGGGUGCCGUUUGGCUGUACAUAACAGAGGGAGGACAGAAGUGUUGUAAUUGGACUCCAAAGAGGACAGUGUGUUGACACAAAGACCUGUGAUUGGACAGAAUUUGGUGACUGAUCCAAGAAACUAGACCAGGGCAGGACCAGCGCUUUUAAUCAGCGGCUCCGCCAGCAGAAUCAGCUGUGGAGGGUCUAUUCUGAGGCAUAAACUACAUUACCCAGCAGACUUGGGCCCCCGCGCCAUUUACUUCCGGGUGGUUUCAGCCUCAGGAAAUAAGGAACCUCACAGUCCAGUGUUUACCCUGGCAGCACCGACUAACUGCUGCUGCCUUUACUGAGUUAAAAACUGGCAUGGAGAGCAGCAGCCCCCCCCCACAGACGGAGACCCUGGGGCCCCGGGACCCUCCCAGGAGGGAGUGGCCAGAGGAGGAGCAGGAGGAGGAGGAGGAGGGGAGCGCAGAAGAAGGGGAGGAUCAGGAGAAGAUGGAGAGGGGAGGAAGAGCAGAGGAAGAGGAGGAGAAAGCGGGAGGAGGCUAUGCCUGUCGGAUCUGCGGGUUCCACGCGGCGGACGUCCGCACGCUCAGCCUGCACCUGCACACCCUGCACCCGGUCGCCCAGCAACAGCCCGUGACCCAGGAGGGGGGGUCGUUGUCGAUGGCAACAGUCGGUGACCCCGGUGAUGGAACGUGCGGUGAGCGUGAGGAGGCGGGGCCCAGAGAGGGAGGGGCGGGGCCCAGAGAGGGAGGGGCGGGGCCUGAGGGCAUCUCCCCGGACAGCGACUGUGGCGGGCAUAACCGCACGAAGCUGGUGUGCCUCCCGCUGGUGGCGGACGGGCUGAAGCUGGUGUGGACGCGCUCCGACCAGACGCGGGAGCUGGACGGCGUGCCCCCGCUGGUGCAGGCCUUCAACGCCUUCCCCUACCCGUCCCCCGGCGAGCUGGCGGGCCUGGCGCGCGGCUGCGGCCUCCCGCUGGACUCGGUGCGCGUCUGGUUCAUGGUGCAGCGCGUGCGCUACGGCAUCAGCUGGGCCGCCGAGGAGAUCGAGGAGACGCGCCGCAAGCUGGCCGCCCUUCAUCGCCGCGAGGAGGAGGAGGAGGAGGAGGAGGAGGGGGAGGAGAUGGGCACGUACUCGCCCAAGUUCUGGGGGAGCGGCGACGACCAACGGGGGUUCGGUGGGGCGGGGCAGGGGGGGGGAGUUAUGGGCGGAGCCAUGCGGGACUUCCUGUUUCGCCGGACACGCCCCUUCUACAUGUCGUGGCGGGGAGGCCGCCGCCCCCUGGCGCUCAGGCCUGGGUUAGACCCCGCCCCCAGCCCGCUGUUCGUGGUGGCGGCCCCCGGGGGCCGCGGCAGGAAGUCCAGGCUGCAGCUGCGGGCCCUGAGGCGGAGCUUCGUCCGCGACAACUGGCUGUCGGAGGCGGAGCUUCGGCGGCUGCAGCAGGAGACCGGCCUAUCGCGCGGCGAGGUGCGCAAGUGGUUCAGCGACAGCCGCUACCAGCUGAGGCACAACGGGCACCGCCCCCCGCCCCCCGGGCAGGAAGUGACGUCCGGCGGGGUGGCCGAGGACAGCCUAUUGGAGGUCAGCGUGGAGGAGGAGGAGGAGCCGGCGGUCUCCGUGGAGACGGAGGUUCCCGCAGACCCGCCUGCGGAAAGCCCCGGGGCCCCGAGGAGUCCCGGAGAGCCGGGCGUUCUGGCGGAGGGCGGGGGGGAGCGGCAGGAGGGCGCGCUGCUGCUGAUUGGUGACGGGCUGGACCCCUCCUCCGCCGGGCCACUCCUCCUCACCAGCAGGGGGCGCCUGCGUAAGACCAAGGAGCAGCUGGCCGUGCUGAAGCAGUUCUUCCUGCGCUGCCAGUGGCCCACCAGUGACGACUACACGCGGCUGGUUCAGCGCACCGCCCUGCCCCGCCCCGACGUCAUCCAGUGGUUUGGCGACGCGCGGUACCGCGUGAAGAACGGGAACCUGCGCUGGGUGCGCGCCAAACGCGAGCACGCUCAGAUCGUGGCCCACAUCGCCCACGGCGACCGCCGCCGUGCAGGGGAGGGCGGGGCCCGGGGGGGGGAGGCGGAGCCCGCGCCGGAGAAGGCCCCUCCCCCGGCGGACGUGCGGCCGCUGGAGCUGUUCUGGCGGCGGAUGGGGGCGGAGCCGGGGGAGGGCGAUGUGAGCGCGCUCAGUAGGCAGUCGGGCAUGAGCCCGCGGGACGUCAGGGACUGGUUCAGCUGUCAGCAGAGCGGCAUGGCCGAGGUGGAGGUCAACAUCAGCGACUGAGCGCCUCUCCUCUGCUCUCCUCUCCUCUCCUCUCCUCUCCUCUCCUCUCCUCUCCUCUCCUCGCCUCGCCUCUCCUCUCCUCUCCUCUCCUCUCCUCUGCUCUCCUCUCCUCUCCUCUCCUCUGCUCUCCUCUGCUCUGCUGUGCCAUUGCUCUCUCCUUCAGAGUGUGUGUGUGUGCGUGCGUGCGUGCGUGCGUGCGUGCGUGUGUGUGUGUUUUGAGAUAUUUUGGCCAGUCAGCGCUCUCUUUGUGCCACAGACAUGGGCAUUAUAUUUUGCUUCAUGGGGUAAACCUCGACCUGUGCCCCCUCUGGCACCCUCUGGAGUGCAAACCUAUGUACUGCAGUGGACAUUUGUCAUUGGUUGGCAGAAAGCUUGAGUUUUCUGAUUUGACUGUGGUGUCCUGAUUUUUUUUUGUUGAAGUUGUUGUGGGGGUUUUGUGGCUGGUUGUUUUGUGGGGGGGUAGUAGCUUUUGCACCAAAAUAGCUUCUCAGCUGAAUUUCCAUUAUUGACUGCUCCUACAAACUGCUUUUUAGAUAAUUCACCAAUCGCAUGUAAACGCUUACCUUGUUAGCAAGUAUAAAACGUAUGAUUUGUGUGCAA